CAGACUGAGUGCUGUGCUAAUGGACUGCCAAUUGUGAGUUUUGUUUAUUGUGCCAUUGUAGCCUCUCACUGCAGAAAGUGGGAACAAAAAACAGCCGAGAUGACAAGCAACUGUUCAUUCGAGGAGGUGGACAACCUGAUGAAACACCUGGAGCUGGUGAUCUACGUGCCCAUAUUUCUGUUUGGUUUGGUCCUCAAUGUUGUGGCAUUACUGGUGUUUUGUGUCUUCCUUCGCAAAUGGACUGAGUCAACAAUCUACAUGACCAAUUUGGCUCUGAUGGACGUGUUCCUUCUCAUCCCCCUGCCCUUCAAAAUGCAUGCCACUAACCACCUCUGGCAUCACGACCUUCAUCCGCUCUGCUCGUUCUUGGAAAGCCUCUAUUUCAUUGGGAUCUACGGCAGCAUCUACACCAUCAUGUGCAUUGCUAUGGACCGCUGGGUGGCUAUCCGGCACCCGUUCAGAGCCAAGCAGCUGCGCUCACCCAAAAAGGCUCUGGGGAUGUGUGUGAUGGUCUGGGCAGUGGUGCUGGCAGCAAUCUCCCCAGCAAUUUCUGGCUUUCGGAACAAUGAGCAGAGAGAUUUCCACUGCUUCCACGGAUUCUCCGAGAAAGGCUGGAGCCCUCUGGUGAUCAUCUGUCUGGAGGUGUUUGGGUUCCUUGGACCAGCGCUGGUGCUGGUUUACUGUUCGGUCCAGACCAUCUGGACGCUUCAGGAGUCGGGCCAACACAGCCCCCGGAGUAGGGCCUGUGUGAAGAUCAUCUACAGCAGCCUGUGCGCCUUCCUGGUACCUUUCACCCCGAGCCAUCUGGCCAUACUGCUGCAGUUCCUGGUGCGCCAGGGUGUGAUUGAGGAGUGCGGCAUGAAGACCAGGAUCAGCUUGUUCAUACAGAUCGCCAUGAGCCUGUCCAACAUCACCUGCUGUCUGGAUGCUCUGUGUUACUACUUCAUCGCCCAUGAGGUGAGGAGCAGCAACCGGAGUUUCAGGUUGUCUACGAUCAGCCAGAGACGAGCCACCUGCAGCACCUCAGAGGUCUGAGCACGGACAGUUGCUUUCCUCUAAGGUUUUGAAAGAGUAGUGAAACUGGAGAGGCACCAGUCAUUUGGUGUGUGAGCAUUCUGCGAUGCCACCAUACAUUAUUACUGUUUCACAUUUCAACAAGAUGAUAGUUAGGUAUAGUGUACUGUGCAUGGCUCUGAGAGGUAAAAUAUAAAAUACAAUGUGCUUAAGUAUCAUUAAACCACACCACUGAAAAACAAUGCUUGCAAGAAAUGUGGCAAAGAAUCUGACGUCGAACCCGACCACAAAUGAUCUGGUUCAAUGACAGGAAACUAGCACAGCAGUCCCUUUUGUGUCUCUAUAAUCAGCUCUGCCGCCCAACAUCUU